ACCCCACUAGCUGGCAAUCGUUUGGUGCCUCGGAGAUAUCAGCCAUCGAGCUCUCCUACUCUCUGGGCCCCCUCGGCCAUUCCGACGAUCCUUGGUCCGCUUGCAAUUUUUGCUUCUUUUUUUAUCGUUUCCAGCAUUUGGACCCUUGCGCUUCCCUCUGGCUUUAAAAGAAUCCCAUCUUUUUUAAAUUCUCUCCGUUGUUUCUCACCAGUUUGAGGCUGUUCAAGAUCUUUGGCCUUGGAAAUUUGGCUUCUUUUCGAUUCUUUCCGGUGUUUUGGCGCUUGUGCUUCCCUGCAGCUUUAUAAAGAUCCCAGCUUUUCCAUUCUCUCCAUUGUUUUCGAUCAGUUUGAGGCUGUCUCCAGGAUUUUUGGUGUUCGAAAUUUUGUAUCUUUCGGAUUCCUCCCGGCGUUUUUGGCGUUGGUGCUUCCCUGUUUUUGGUCGGUUUGAGGCUUUUUCCAUCUUUUCAUUGUGGCAACUCCCACCUACUGUGAACUUUAUUAUUAUUAUUAUUAUUGAUUCCCGGGUUCUCUUAUUGGGCUUUUGAUUAUAUUCUAUUGGUAUGUCACCUGCUUCUGUACAAUAUAUGGGCCAUUGCUUGCUUCGUUUCUUUUAAUAUACUCUUCUGAGCUAUUGAUUCCUCCAACUUUUGUACCAUUGCUUGUGGAGAUUACCAAAUCCAAUUGCUUUUUGACCUUCUUGCAUUAGCUUUUAAGCUGAUUUUGGAGACUCUUCAUCUUCUGCUGUUAUGUUACCUGUCUACAUAUAAUCCCUCGACCAUUUCUCAAUUCUUCUGUUCUGGUGAAGUGUUAUGAUUGAACUUCCAAGAUUCGUGCAUUGUUCUGUUGAGUUGAAUUCUUCUUUGAUCUGUCGAUAUCAUGGAUGUUGUUCUCGUUCACAUUUCCGUAUGAAACUAGGCUUAUGUUUUGAUUGAGAUUUGCUGAGGCCUUUCCCUGCUGUGGCUGAAGCCAAAAGAGAGAAAUUAUGGGUUCUGCCGCUGUCCCAGUGGAUGCCAGACACCGAACAGCUGGGGCUCCUGCUGAUACAAGCAAAAGAAGAUCCCAUAGAGGAAGUGAUUUUAAAGAAGCCGACAAGUUUGUUAGCAUUCUGAUCCCCGAAAGGAGCUCAACAUGCAAGCUGCGUUCUUUGAAGGUGGUCCUGAUAAUUAUUAUAUGUGGCAGUUUUUUGAUGCUCCUACAUUCUCCCGCAAUUCAUCAUUAUGAGCAUUCCUCACACUCCAGCUCUCUGUCCAGAUUGGUAAAUGUCGGACGGAUGGGGGAGAGAAGUAAACCAAAUCUACAAUAUGAGUCGCCCUUGGAUGUUGGUUGGAUUCAGAUUUUAAAGGCCACAGAAAAGUUGGAUGGCAGAAAUGGAAGCAUGAAAGUUGGCUUACUGAAUUUCAAUGUCACUGAGAUCAACCACUGGCAGCAGCUGCUACCAGAUGCAGAAUUUUCUGUCAUACGUCUGGAUCAUGCGCAGAGAAAUCUCACUUGGGAUGAUCUGUAUCCAGAAUGGAUUGACGAGGAAGAAGAAUCUGAAGUACCUUCUUGUCCAAAACUUCCAGAGCCUAAGGUUCAAAAGGGAUUAAAAUUUGACCUUGUUGCAGCAAAGCUUCCUUGCAACAGGUCAGCAAACUGGUCAAGAGACGUCGCACGGUUGCAUUUGCAGCUCGCAGCUGCCAAAGUUGCUGCAAAAUCUGGGGGAGGCCACCACCCAGUGCAUGUGCUUCUGGUGACCAAUUGUUUUCCAAUCCCAAACCUUUUCAUGUGCAAGAAUCGCGUCACACGGGAAGGAAAUGCUUGGCUGUACAGGCCUGACUUGAGAGUGUUAAAGGAAAAGCUGCGGCUUCCUGUCGGCUCAUGCACACUUGCAGUCCCACUCGAACCAAAAGAGCAGUCACACUCAGAUGCAAACUCAGAUGGACCACGCCGAGAAGCAUAUGCCACCGUGCUUCACUCCGAACUAGAAUAUGUCUGCGGUGCAAUAGCUGCAGCACAAAGCAUCAGAUUAACAGGAUCGAAGAGAGACCUAGUAAUACUUGUUGAUGAAACAAUAACUGACCAUUACAGAAGUGGCCUUGCAGCUGCUGGGUGGAAGGUAAGAACGAUCCAAAGGAUCCGAAAUCCAAAGGCUGAACCCGAAUCCUACAACGAGUGGAACUACAGCAAAUUCCGGCUCUGGCAGCUCACAGAUUAUGAUAAAAUCAUUUUCAUUGAUGCCGAUCUUCUCAUCCUACGAAACAUCGAUUUCUUAUUCACAAUGCCAGAAAUCACUGCAAUAGGCAACAAUGGAACUCUCUUUAACUCUGGCGUGAUGGUCAUUGAGCCUUCAAACUGCACGUUUCAGUUGUUAAUGGAUCAUAUCGAUGAGAUAGAGUCCUACAACGGUGGGGACCAAGGCUACUUGAAUGAGAUAUAUACAUGGUGGCACCGAAUCCCGCAGCACAUGAACUUCUUGAAACAUUUUUGGGAAGGUGAUGAAGAGGAGAUCAAAGAGAUGAAAACCCGUUUAUUUGGUGCUGAGCCACCUGUUAUCUAUGUUCUUCACUACCUGGGCUUGAAGCCAUGGCAGUGCUUCCGGGACUAUGAUUGCAACUGGAAUUUGGACAUAAUGCAGGAGUUUGCAAGUGAUGUUGCGCAUGCAAGGUGGUGGAAAGUGCAUGACACCAUGCCAGAAUAUUUACAGAGUUUUUGUCUUCUAUCAACAAAGAGGAAAGCUUCCUUGGAGUGGGAUAGGAGGCUGGCAAAGAAGGCAAAUUACUCUGAUGUCCACUGGAGACGUAAAAUAAGCGAUCCUCGACGACAUAUCUGCUUCGAAGAAUACUGUUACUGGGAGAGCAUGUUGUGGCAUUGGGGUGAUCCAAACUAUGAUGACAACCCUAGCACAUCCAAGGCCACUGCAAAACAACGUAGCAUGUAGCUUGUAAUUUGUAAUUUUUCUCCUUGCUCUUAUCAUCAUUCUCUCUCUCUUUUUUCCUUCAUUUUUCAUAAAAAGAUGGCUGAUGUUGAGUUUGAUCCUGUUUCUAAAUUUUAAACUAACGAUGCCCUCCAUACAUUUAAUGCCAAUAAUUAGAGUGAUAACAUAUUCGGUCACAUAUACUGUUCA